AUGCCUGGAAUCUUUAACAUCUGGCCCGCUCACGGGCCCGCUACCGCUAGCAGUAACUUUCGAACCGCUCCCGCCGCAUCUUCCGCCGCAUCUGCCGCUGGAAACUUCUUCAGCAAGCAGGAGUACCUGUCGUUUGCCGUUGACCACCAUGUCGCGGCAAAACCGACCGACCUGGUGUUGACGGCGGAGCUCUCCGCAAUCGCCGGCGCGAUUCCCGCUCCGGUGUUGCCGCAUCAGACACCCGCGUCCCCCGCGGUGAAAUCGCUGCUGUUCAACCAGCCGUCGAUCUCGCCGCUCAACCCGCCGCGUCUUCCGCUCGCUGGAAUUGGCGCGCUGCAGCAAAUCCUUCGCACCGCAGCUGUCGGCGCUAGUUCCGGCGAACGGAGCCGCGGCUGCGCUAGCAGCACGCUUCUCGCAGCGCAAAUUACAGCAGUCAGCGGCCCGGCAGCGGAAAAGUCUGCUGCGGCAAAGGCGGGGGAGAGCUCAGCGGCAACUGCGGCGGUGACUGCGGCGAACAGCGGCAGCACCCGAGGGCUGCAUUUAAUUCACGGGGCAUGGCCGAUGGGCAGUCAUGGGAAGACCGCCGCAAGUCACGGCGCCAAGAGCGAUGGCAGCUACGACAGUAACAGUUCCGGUAGCGCGCACGACCCGUCGUCCGUGUGUUUGGCGGAAAUGGUUUCCGAUUUCAUGGAGACCGGCUCGGCGGAGAGCCACACUCUCGACCACCGUCUCCUUGACGCGAUUCACGGCAGCGAGGGUGGCUAUAACGCGGAUGCAAUGUACGCGCGCAUAGCGGAGCAGGACGCGCAGGCUCCGCGGAUGGGCGAGAGCGGCGGGUGGUGCGGAAUGGGGGACGUCUCGAGCCUCAUUGAGUCCCUCAGCGCCUGCACCUCCGCGGACGAGUGCCAGCUGUUCGCUGACGUCAUCGCCGCCCUAAAAACCGCCAAGAAGGAAGCUUCCUCCUCAAAUGCUGCAGGCGGAAGCGACAUUGAGUUCCGCGCGCAGUUCCAAAUCGCACGCCCCACCUUCGCCUUUGACGCCGUCGUCCACUCCGCCCCCAUCAUCUUCGUCGGCCGUCUCAACCGCCUGCUCAAGAUCACUGAAGUGCUGGCAGAUGCCACAAGGCAGAGUCUGAGGGAGCAGGGCCUGCACCUGCCGCCCUGGCGCCGGGCCGAGUAUCUCCGGACCAAGUGGGCUGGCCCGUACCGGAGGACCACGAACCAGAUUCCAAGGUCCGGGAGCAGCACGCAGCUGGCUGGAGGUUCGGGAGCCAGCCAGGUGGCUGCGGCUGCUGCUGCUGACAAUUCUGCUGAUCUGUUUAGGCUUCCCACAUCGCAGCAGCAAGCUGUGUUCGGCCGGCGAGGACAGGAGGUGCAUCAGCAGCAACCCCAUCAACAACCCCAUCACCAGCUGCAUCACCAGACCCAUCAGCAGCAUCGUCAGCAACCCUCCGUUGCCGUCUCACGGCCGGUUUUCCUGCCUCUCAAUGCAGCACGCCCUGUGCCUGCCAUGUUCCCUGCACCGCCUGCCACUACUAUCCCCUGCGCUGUGCCUGGUAACCCGUUUGCGGCAACCGAGAAGAGGAGCGCGGUUACCGCAUACGGCAAGAAGCCGAGCGCGGUUACAGGAUUCGGCCAUGAGGCUGUGGAAGGAGGGGCGUCGGGUGCGGCGAUGACAGCAGAGCAUGUGAGCCAAGGGCGUGGCAUGGUGAUGCGGAGUGGUGUGAGUCACGUGAGCCAGAUUGGGUUGGAGAUGCGGAGAUUGGCAGAGGAGAGAGCGUACAGGCAGCACGGUUACUGCUGA